UUUUAUUUGUUUAAAAUCCGAAAUCAAAACAAUUAAUUAUAUCUAAAAAUUGUGAUUGGUUAUUCUUAAAUUAUUUACAAUAAGUCACUACAUAUGGCGUCUAAACUGCCAGAGCAUGAACGAGAAGAUAUCAGAAAUACGUUUGAAUUAUUCGAUGCAGAUAAAUCCGGUGCACUCUCGAGAGAGGAAAUUGCUAAAGUUGUUAGGAAUACAGGUUGUAAUCCGACAGAAAAAGAACUAGAGGAAAUGUUUAAAGCAAUUGACACUGAUGGCUAUGGAGAAGUUCAGUUUAAUCAGUUUUUGGAGUACUACGCUAAACAUUUUUAUGAUCCAUUACGAAAUGAAGAACAAGAAACACGAGAAGCUUUCUCAAUGUUCGACCUAAAUGGCGAUGGUUAUAUAGACCUACACGAGCUUAAAACAGUAAUGACGCUGGGAGAUGACAAAUUGUCAGAGGCAGAUUUUAGAGAAAUGAUAAAAGAGGCUGAUGUCGAUUUUAAUGGUAAAGUAGAUUAUACAGAGUUUGCUAGGAUGAUGAAUAAGACGUUCUGAUAUAUAUCCUUAACAUGGACAGCAUUUAAGGAGAAAUCUUCUUUUUAUAUAAACAGCUGAUAUAUAUAUACCGUAAAAUCUUAUAAAAGUCUUGUUAUUUUUUCAAUGUGUUUGAAAGGAAAAUGUGCCACUGUUAAAUGUAUGAAAGAUCUAGAGAGAAUAACUUUCAA